AUGGCUAGAACCAAGCAAACAGCAAGAAAGUCUACCGGUGGUAAGGCUCCAAGAAAACAAUUAGCUUCUAAGGCUGCUAGAAAGUCUGCACCAUCUACCGGUGGUGUCAAGAAGCCUCACAGAUAUAAGCCAGGUACCGUUGCCUUAAGAGAAAUUAGAAGAUUCCAAAAGUCUACUGAACUCUUAAUCAGAAAGUUACCUUUCCAAAGAUUGGUCAGAGAAAUUGCUCAAGAUUUCAAGACUGAUUUAAGAUUCCAAUCUUCCGCUAUUGGUGCCUUACAAGAAUCUGUUGAAGCUUACUUAGUUUCCCUUUUCGAAGACACUAACUUGUGUGCUAUCCACGCCAAGAGAGUUACCAUCCAAAAGAAGGAUAUUCAAUUAGCCAGAAGAUUGAGAGGUGAAAGAUCCUAA